AUGAUUGCAGAUCUUGGACUUUCCAAACUAGGUCGUGCAGAUAAAGAUGCCACAUAUAUAAUUACUACUGCGUCAGUCACACUAGGUUAUUGUGAUCCAGAAUAUUAUUUUACUGGAAUCCUGACCAAAGGAUCCGAUGUUUAUUCAUUUGGUGUGGUAAUGUUUGAAGUCUUGUGUGGGAGGUUGGGCUUUAUAAAAGUAGACAAUGAACAUCGAUUACUUGCUCGAUUGGCCCAACGCUACUACGAAGCAGGAAGGUUAAACGAGAUUAUUGAUCCCUAUUUGAAAAUUGAAGUGGACUCUGAUUUCUUGAAGAAGUUUUCAGAAAUUGCAUAUCCAUGUUUGCUUAGUGAACGGGACCGACGACCCUCAAUGAGUCUCCUUGUUCAAAAACUUGAGGAACUGAUGGCAAGCUCAAAGUUUCCAAUCUUCAUGUCUUCCUCUUCCAAUUCCAAGAUAACAGCCUUUAUUAAAGAGUCAAAGCACUUCUUCAUACCUUUCCAAGUUAUUGAAAAUGCCACCAAAAAUUUUACAACAAUCCUCGGCAAUGGUGGAUAUGGCAUUGUUUACAAAGGAGAACUAUUACUUUCCGGUGAGCUUACCUCUGUGGCUGUAAAACGACUAGAUAGUAAGAUUUCUGGUCAAGGAUUUAAGCAGUUUUUAACAGAGAUUCAAUUGCUAUCUCGUUAUAAACAUCCAAACCUUGUCUCCCUUCUUGGUUUCUGUGAUGAAGCUGGUGAAAAGAUCCUUAUUUAUGAGUAUGCAGAGCAUAGAAGCCUUGACAAACACCUAACUGUGUCUAAAAUAACUCAUCCACUCACAUGGGAGCGAAGAAUCAGCAUAUGCCGUGACACAGCUCGUGGCUUAGAUUAUCUUCAUAACGGUAUUCCAACAAACCAUCAAGUGAUCCACAGAGAUAUUAAGAGUGCAAAUAUUCUGAUAGGUCAUGAGUGGAAAGUUAUGAUUGCUGAUCUUGGACUUUCCAAAAUAGGACAUGCAAAUGAAGAUGACUAUUAUUAA